CUGGGGGUGUGGCAUGUGACCAUCUGAACAUUGCUGGUAGUGCCCACGGUGUCGAGGUGAUUUUUCGACAUGAAGUUCAAUUUGUAGUGUUUGAAAUUUAGCGAUAUGCAUUAAUUAUAUUUUAUAAUUUCUUUCACCUUGUGACCUUAAUUUCGAGGGGGCGUGGUCGAAUUCAAAAAAUCUGGAAAUAUAUAUUUCGCCCAUUGACCUUAGGUUUCCAAAACAGUCACAAAUUUGAAAAUCGGUGAACAAUUUGGAAAGUAACCCGAAUUUCAACUGUCAAUGUUGUUAAGCAUGACACGAUCGGCCGUUAAGCCUUUCAGCAAGGAAUGUCUUUAAUUUAUAUGCCUCUACAAUAGUGGGUGUGGUUUUUACAGCCAAAAUACUUUCCUGGUACCACCUGAGUUUGCUGAGAAAGUCAAAUAACUGAGUAUACUUAAUGUUUACUUGAGUAAAAAUAAGUAAACUUAAAUUUGACUUUUUUAACUUUAAUGAAUAAAAGUGGGUGUGGUUGGAAUAAGGCUUGAUGGUCGCAGCUGGUCGCAGCAGUGUAUCAUCCCAACACUAUUACCUAAUUAAUGACGCCAGUAGUUAGUCAUAGAUGCACGGGAAUAGGCGGGAAUGUAAGAAGAUGUAAAAUCCCUAUCUCCGUAAUGUAUUAGGCAUAUUUUAACCCCUUCGUUUAUCCGAUUGGCUUGAACUUGUGCCUUAAUAUUUCACACCAAGGUCAAGUUGGUUAUAAAGGGUAAGAUGACAUACUAGUUAAGCCAAAUCGCAGCACUGCCUUAACGGCCACUUUUUUAAAUUCCUGGCCCACUGUGCCUCGUCAAAAAUUUCUAUCCCAAAAAUCACAUCUUAUUAGGUGACAUUCUAUCCCCGUACUUCGGCUUUGCACCUCAUUUGCAUAAAUCUGCUCGCACAAGUUCUUGUAGCCGUCGCCCACACUAUUUUGAAUGACGCGUGCGGGAACUGGUGUAAACAUGUGGUUUUUAGUAAACAUGCACAACGAAAUAAUUUGUACAUUAUAAAAUUGUAAAAAUUUAAAUACGUAAUUGCAAAUAGUAAUACUGUCACCAUGAGCAUUAGGAGAGUAACAAGAGUUAAUAAACCGUCAAAAAAUAUAUCUGGAGUAGUAAAAAACGUGCACGAGUUUGUGCAAACUUUACAAAAUUACUUUAAAUACAAUGUGAAAGUGUUAAACCAGUUCAAGCUAGAAAAUGUAGCAAAAAAAGUGGCAGGGUUGUGUAACGUUUCAAAACGAACAGUGCACACAAUUAUGAAGAACGCGAGUAAUAAAGAGAAUAACAAAGAAAUUCAAACUGAUAAUACACCAAGGAAACCACUUUAUCAAUGUGAUGAGUUUUCGACCUCAAUGAUUCGUCGUGUUACUCAAGACUUCUAUUCACGUAAAGAAUAUCCAAGUGCGAACUCCCUCUGGCAAACAUGUCGCAAUAAUGAAUAUUUUCCUAAAAUUAGCGAAUCAUUGUUUCGAAAGUGGCUGGUGACAAAAUGUAGCUUCAAAUAUCGACUAAUAAAUAAAAAACCUGUUUAUCUUGAACGUACGGACAUAGUUGCCCAAAGAGAAAACUACCUUAGGAAAAUUCGGCAAUAUAGAGCAGAAAAUAGAAAAAUUUAUUUCUCCGACGAGACGUGGGCUUCUCCCGAUAAUACGAGAAAAUAUUGCUGGGAAAUGCUGCUAACAAACCGUGAACGGCAAGAAAUGGACCAGUUUUGGAGUGGCAUGAUUUUGCAGGACAUGAAUAACUGGACAGGAGGAUUUCUGGUAAAAUCUGGAAACGGCAGAGUCAUCAUUAACCACAUAGGAUCCGAGGAUGGGUUUCUGACGGAUGGGGACGAUAUUUUUAUUUCAAAAAAGGACGUUAAAGAUUAUCACGGUAAUAUGGACCAUGUCAGAUAUUUGACGUGGUUUGAAAAGAUCCUGAGUCUCGUGCCACCAAAAUCCGUCUUAGUUCUAGAUCAGGCUCCCUACCACCGCAAAAGGGUUGAAGGAACGCUAAUGCCGAACAUGGCCUGGCUGAAGCAGAAAAUUGUUGAUUGGGUUGUUCAACAUGACAUUCGUCUGCCCGAAGGAGUUGAAAGUUUCCAUAAACUUACCAAAUCAUCACUAAUCGAACUGGCAAAAUCAAAACCCGUGAAACCCAAAUUUAUCGUGGAGAAACUUGCAGAAGAAAGCAACAAGGAUAUAAAAAUACUCUGGCUUCCACCUGCUCACUGCGAGUUUAACCCGAUUGAAUUAAUCUGGGCAAUUGUCAAGGGCUAUAUCGCUAAACAUAAUCCAGGCAAUAAUUUGAACGGAAUAUAUGAAUUGUCGAAGAAAGCGGUAUCAAAUAUAACACCUGAAAUGUGGAGGAAUUGCGUCCAUCAUUCUAUAAAAUAUGAAGACAAAAUGUGGGAAAGGGAUAGAUUGAUGGACAAUUUCUUAGAUUCACCUGCAACGAACUUGAUGACGCCCAUAAUUAUUCCUAUUCGUGAAGAUGACUCAUCAGACUCAGAAUAUCAUACUGAAUCUGAUGAUUUGGAAAGCGAGGACGGGGACUUAGAAUUUUUCGAUAGCUAAUUUCAAUAUGUGAAGGAAGAUACGAAACAGUUGCAAAUCGUGGCCAAUUAUCAUUCUUACAGUGCUACUUCCUUUCGCAUCACUCUCUGGGAAGGCGAUGGUGGUCAAUUAUAGUUGACAGUAAUGUCAUUUAGUUAAAUAAGUUUAAUGAUUAAAUUUUGCUGGACACGUGCAAUUUGCUUCCAUGGUGGUGCUCAUGAUCUGAAAAAGUCUUAGGUAACUAAUUAAAGUAUAAUAUGAACAUAUCGUGUUUUGAUUUCUAAAUAUUUAAUCCCUGAUGAUGACACGAGUGCAGUAUCGAAAACUUGGGAAAUAAAUUCAAUUUCUUCCUUCAA